CUUCAUGCAUACUGGUUCCCUUUUCACGAUUUUGUAUCUUCUCUGGCGAUCAUUUUUAUAUCCAGUUUAUGUAUUGACUAUUGAAGUUUUAGUUUUACUUGUGUUUCACUUCUACAAUUUCUGCAUUUUACAGCACCCAUCUUAUUGUGAUUUUAUUUUUUUAAGAUUUACUGCCUGACUCUCCUGUACCGUGUCUGUAAAAUGGCUGGAAGAUUAUUAGAUUAUACAAAAUAUUACGCCCAUAUAUAUUAACCAUUUUAUUAACUACAAACAAAUAAUAAACAAACAAAUGAACAGCGUUUAUCGUGCUUUAAUUUAACAAGCAGAUUGACUGUACACCCACACUUAAGUAAAAUUUAAAUCUUCGUAGAUCUGACAGCUGAGCGCCUAUUUCCGGCACAACCCCCGUCACAUAUUUCAUCGCCAAAUCGUUUCAGCAACUUCAGCGCGUCGCCUUCAACACGUUCUAUUGGUAUAAUCUGUAGUCCGGAACUCACGUCUACGUUUCCAGCCUAGAAUCUCACAGGCCGUAACAAUGUUUAAAGACGCCUCUUACAAAAUUGUGAAAGAACUGGAUCCAAAUGGUGAAUUGAAACCAGUUGUCAGUGCCUACGACGCCAAAAAAAUAGACGUGUUGUCGGUGGUGAAGAUUGUGAAGACUUCAAGGUUUUUUUUUUUUACCGCGCUGGAGUACCACCCUACACCAGUGAGUGUAGCGGAUUUAAUCUUGGAUGGUGAUGCUGUGGAUUUUGGUCGAUCGUCUGAACUCGAAGUCGGUGAUGUGGACAUGAAGAACACUGUGAAGGUUGCGGGGCAUGUUAUAAGCAAAUCAAUUUAUGUCCCAGGAAGUGCUGAAGGCAGCUGCACUUUGAAAUGCUCCAGUGAUUUUCAUUCCAAACUGCAGAGUGUUUCGAUAGACUAUACCAAACUUCACAAAGCCAUUCGGUCUAGCAAAUUCGACAAAAGUCACCCAGUGAUAGAGACCUUCAAGAAUAAUCCCAAAGUUGUAGGACUUGGUGUGAUCUUUGAUGUUCUCAAGACCAAGGAUCCUUUGUACCUGAAGCGGAACAAUCAAGCUACAGGCAGUGCAAAGUUCACCUUCCAUGAUAUUUUCACGGGAGGAGGCGACUUUGACAGAGACAGUAUGAAGACGCUGAACCUGGAAGCAGGUAGUGUGUUGGGGUUCAAAGUGCAGGACAUCCCCUUAGACGUCGGAAAAGAGGACAAAUGGGUGACAGGAGACAUCUGGGGCCAUGAUGGAGUGCGAGAAUUUACUGAAGAAUGCCUUGCUGGCACUGUAGGCUUCUCUCCACUGAAGCAGAAGGUGGAAGAAGCAUUUCAGAUUUUUGGGAGCAUGGACCAUGACGUCAAAAUGGUGAUCUGGGAUCCUUUGUCUAAGAUAUUGAGUUGUGCUCAGACUCUCCAUGUGCUGGAUCGCAUCCUUGAAGAAGGUUUCCUGUCUACAGAGGACAGCUCACUUCUAGACAGGGACCCCCCACAGUUCCUGUCAGAGCUGCGGCAACUUCUGAGUAUAGUGGAACUCCAGCUUGACACGCAGUGUGACCAUCCUUUUCUCAUGCCGCUCAAUCUGCUGGUGAGCUCCCUGAAUGAAAUAGAUGAGCAGUGCGUGACCCUGAUCAGUACUCAGAACCCAGAGGUCCGGAGGCAGGUGCUGGACACGGUUGAGCAGGUAUUGGAAAACGUCUUCCAGAAGACAGAAGGAGAAGCGUGGAGCAGACUUUUUGGGAGGGUCAAUGCAAAUGAGGCCAAAACUGUGUUAAAAGCCAGCGGAGUUAUCCUGGAUGAGAGCAAUCCAUAUCCAGCCCUGGGGAAUCCAGGGGUUCCUGACAUAACCCUCAUAUCACUCUACAUCGCUCUGAAAGGGCUGAGCCUGCUCUUAUUGCCAUAAGCGCCCUCUGCUGGACACUCACUGGCAUUAUUUUUAAUUUGCUUUGAGCUUUGAGCAGAUAAUUACAAACAGGAUUUUGCCUAUUUCGCUGAGCUAAAAAUUAUAAUCAUCCUUUAUAAUGUAUGUGUUUUUCAGCGCAUGCAUAUUUAAUCCUUACUAUGCAUGGGGUCAGGGCGGUAUAUUUUUCAAAUAUCUUUUCAGUCAGCGUAGUCGAGUUUCAGCGUAGACAUAGUGUAAGAUUUAGUAUUUAGAAUCUUGUGAUAAAUGGAUGACUACAUUUUAUAUUAAUAGUACCUUGUAAAAUUUCUAGAUCUAUCCAUCUUCCAUGCGCAUAUCCUGGAUAGGGGCUUGAGGUUUCCAGUGACCAUAUAUACAAAGGAUCUGGAAUCUAUCACCAGACACAUGGUGGGGCUGUGGAGCUGACCUGUCACAUGAUGCUCGGGGGAGUUAGUGCUGCUCUACUAGCUUGUGCUGUCAGACCACUACAGAUGAUGCAAAACACUGCAGCAUGUCUGAUAUUCAUUCAGCCUAAAUGCUCUCAUGCCACAGCCUUUCUUGUCUCUUUUCACUGGCUCCCUUUUUGUCAUCAAGUUCAGGUCCUUGGCCUUCAGAUCCAUUAACGGACAGACAUCCAUCUCCAUCAAGGAGCUGCAAAAGACUUAUGUCCCCUAUUUCCCCCUUUGGUCAGCAAACCAGUGGCAUUAGGGGCUCCCUCCUCUCCCUCACUCCAGAUGGGUCUCUUGUGUGGUUCCCCGAUGGUGGAAUGAGCUGCUAAAUCACUUGCAGUCACCAGUCUCCCUUUCCACCUUCAAUAAACACCUCAAAACGCAUCUGUUCCAUGAACUCCUCUACUAGCCCAAUGCCACUUAAUGUUCCCUGAAUGCUUUUGUUUUGUGUUCCAUUUUUGAUCUUUGUCUUAUUAAGUUCUUGCUUUGUUUGAAGAUUCUGCAGCUCCUGCUCCAAUACUGCUCACACUUGUACCUGGAUUUUCAGUGCAAGCUCAGCCUAGCCACACUUAUGCCUAGUUGACAUCUUGAUAACGUGUAUUUGUAAUGUGCCAUUUCCUUCACUUGCAUGUCGCUUUGCAUAAAGUGUCUGCUAAAUAUAUUGGAUGUUAAUAUAAAGGGCUCCUCAGCAUUAAAGCAACUGAACUCA